GCUCAUGAAACAAUUUCAGUCAACAUGGCAUCCUGUACUGAGGUCUUAUCUGCCACUUUCCCGGCCCUUGAUGGGGAAUUAUUUCAAUAUAUUGAGAGUAUCCUUGAACAUCCAGAUGACUUCGACACAAGUGACGACAUCUAUGAUGCUAUUGCAGACAUGCUGUUUGAAGUUGAUAGUGAGAAGUCCGAAGACGAAGUCCGAGAUCUGUGUGACCAGAUGAUGGACUUGCUCAAAGAUGAUGGCGGUGGUGAGAAGGUGAAUGGCCAUCAGGCUCAUCGUCGUGUCCUGGAUGCGCCCGUCCAUCUUGGUGCACUUGCUGAAAACAUGAAAGAGACCGGGCAAAAGACACAGAGUAUAUGGCUGGUCAAGAAAGAGAAGGAAUCGCAAGUUGACAAGAGAAAACUUGAAAAAGCAGACGCCAAAAUCAAACAAAAACAGGACAGGAAAGCUGAGAAGGAGACGUACGCACCAAAAGUGGACCUGGCCAGUCUCAUGGACUCAGCCAGUGCGAGUCAGCAGUCGAAUCGUAAAACAGACCGGAUGGAGUCAGCAGGGACCAAUAAGACAAAAGACAUAAGAAUCGACAAUUUCGAUAUUGCCUUUGGAGAGAAAGUUCUUCUAACUGGCGCAGAUAUCAACCUGUCAUUUGGACGACGAUUUGGUCUGGUUGGCCGAAAUGGAAUGGGAAAAACAACACUCUUGAGGAUGAUUGCCAAUCGGCAGCUUUGGAUCCCAUCUCACAUCUCCGUGCUCCAUGUGGAGCAGGAGGUGGUCGGUGACGACACGUUAGCUACGGAGAGCGUCCUCGAAUGCGAUACGGUACGGUAUUCGUUGUUGAAGGAGGAGAAAGAGAUCACAGCACAGUUGAAUGAGAGCAAUCGAUCGGACAGUCGGCUGAGCAGUCGUUUGGCUGAGAUAUACCAUGAGUUGGAGACAAUAGAAGCAGACAAGGCCCCAGCCAAAGCUUCUACCAUCCUCAAUGGUCUUGGGUUUGAUCCUAACAUGCAGAGAAUGACUACAAAAGAGUUUUCUGGAGGUUGGAGGAUGAGGCUUGCCCUUGCCAGAGCUCUGUUUUCAAAACCAGAUUUACUACUUCUUGAUGAACCUACGAACAUGUUGGACAUGAAAGCCAUUAUCUGGUUAGAAAAUUAUCUCCAGGCCUGGCCCACUACGAUUCUAGUAGUCUCUCACGAUCGCUCAUUCCUCAACUCCAUCUGCACGGAUAUCGUACAUCUGCACUCAAAACGAUUAGACUCGUAUAAGGGUGACUAUGAACAUUUCGUCAAGACGAGAACAGAGAAGUUGAAGAAUCAGAUGAGGGAGUUUGAGGCACAGAAACAGUAUAGAGACCAUAUACAGGUUUUCAUUGAUAGGUUUAGAUACAAUGCAAACAGAGCUUCACAAGUCCAGUCCAAACUAAAAUUAUUAGAAAAAUUACCGGAAUUGAAGCCCAUAGAGAAAGAAUCUGAAACGGUGCUGAAGUUCCCAGAGACAGAGUCAUUGAAUCCACCCAUUCUACAGCUGGAUGAAGUCGAUUUCAAAUAUCCAGGACAGGAACGGUGGAUAUUUAAAAAUGUCUGCGUGUUUGCGGCAAUGGAGUCUAGAAUUUGUAUAGUCGGUGAAAAUGGUGCUGGUAAGACAACUCUAUUGAAGAUCUUGCUUGGAGAGUUAGAAACAGUCAACGGUUUACGACAGUGUCAUCGGAACUUACGGAUAGGCUACUUCAGUCAGCAUCACGUUGAUCAGCUAGAUAUGAACUUGACGUGUGUUGGCCUCAUGGCUUCAAGAUUCCCAGGCCACAACAGUGAACAUUACCGAGGGAUGCUGGGGAAGUUUGGAGUUUCAGGAGAUCUAGCCCUGCAACCUGUGGUCAGCUUAUCAGGAGGGCAGAAAAGUCGAGUAGCAUUUGCAGUCAUGUGUGCCAUGAACCCAAAUUUCUUUAUUCUUGACGAACCUACAAAUCACUUGGAUAUGGAGACCAUCGAAGCUCUCGGCAAUGCUAUCAACAAAUUUAAUGGUGGUGUGAUCCUAGUAUCUCACGAUGAACGGCUUAUACGCGUGAUCUGCAAGGAGUUGUGGGUCUGCUCCAACGGGACAGUGAAAUCUCUGGAGGGAGGCUUUGACGAAUACAAGAAAAUCGUCGAGGCUGAACUUGCUCUCAGUUGAGGAUAUAUGAGUGAACAUUAGAAUGAUCAGCGACAGUUUGUUAUCAGAGUUGUCAAAAGCUCUUGUCGUGCAUACACACCACAUCUUAAUGGAUAUAUUUUGAAAGUUACCAGUCUAGAUCACUGUUUCUCAGUCUUUUGAAAGACGAUCAAAAGAUUAUGCUGUCCUUUGGUGUUUUGGCCAGAAUACACUGUCAUAAAAAACGUAUCUUGAAUUUACCAAUACCUUGUAUUAUUGAGUUGCACAGUGCCCCAACCUGAUCUUGGGUGGAUAGGAUUUAUUCUGUAUAUGAGUCCAGCCUACCCAUUAAAUGUUGAGUCAGUCUGAGAGUAUAGGUUGCACCAGUGUGAGGACUGUCUGGUCACAUAGUAGGGCUAGGCUAUGCGCUUGUGCAAGGAAUGACCUGGCUUGGGGCUUGGAUCUGAAAAUAUGAAAAUAUUUCAUUCUUUCGAUAUAAUGAUGUGAUACUUGUUUGUUUUGUGAGAUAUAAUGAUACAAUAAAUAUUCUUAAAAUUA